AGACAGAAGAAUAUAGGGGCGGUGCUUUGAGCAGUAUAGAAAGAAUGAGGGUUUUUUUACGAUAUGUGGGUGAUCCAGGAUUUCAAAUUGGCAUAGGAGAAGAUAUUGGUGUCCAUCAAUCUACGGUAUCCCGAACCGUUACCAACGUUAUAACACGCAUUGUGCAGAAGUCGAAUAUUUGGAUUAGAUUCCCAACCUCAUGUGAAGAUCUACGCAAUGCUAAAAAUAAGUGGCAAGAAAAGUUCAAUUUUCCUUCAGCUAUUGGUGCUAUCGACUGCACACAUAUACCUAUUCUGAAGCCGUUUAUGUAUGCAGACGAAUAUGUGAACAGAAAGAACUUUGCUAGUAUAAAUGUACAAGCAACGUGCAAUUUAAACGAAGAGUUCACAAGUGUGGAUGUUUCUUGGCCAGGAUCUGUACACGACUCUCGGAUAUGGAAGAAUUCUGAUAUAUACAACGUUAUGAAAUGGAAUAGGGCUAGUGCUGUUUUGUUGGGAGACUCUGGGUAUGGUAUAGCUCCUUGGCUCAUGACUCCCUUUAGGAUUUUAGAAACAGCAGAACAAAGAUCAUACAAUCGGCUGUUUACGAGAGAGCGAGUUAUAAUAGAGAGAUGUUUCGUUCAACUAAAACAGCGUUUUCCCAUUCUACAUAACAAAAUACGCCUCGAUACAGAAAAAGUGUCCUCCCUUGUCAUGAGAUGUUUUAUCUUGCAUAAUGUGGCUAAGCACCUUGAUGAUGUUGCUGUUUAUAUAUCGGGAGAUGUGGCGAACAAGAAGAAAUCCAUAACCAACAUACUGCCGACUAUGCAGAUGGAGUGA